ACUUAACGAAAAAAUAUUUUAUUUAUUAAAAACAAGCAAUAUGCAAAUAUGAACUAUGAAUACGUGAUACAUAGUCGAAAAUACGUUACGCAUCAUGCAAAAUUAGUGUCAUCACAAAAAAACGGCACUGACCCAUCUUGUCCCGUGACCCAUCCUUAUUAUCAUAUUCAAUUAACUAUUGUUUAACAUUUUUCCUAGAAAACAUCCAAUUUAAAAACAGUUUAUUUUAAAUAUUCAUUAUCUCAAACAUCAAAUUAUAUUCAUAUUCAUUUUAAACCUUUGUUAAACCUGUUUUGAUCAGAUAUUUUUGUUUCAAAGUAAAUGUUUUAUUUUUACAAUAAACGAGUUUCUGUAUAUUUCUUUUUAAAAGUACGUCUUGAGAAAUAUUAGGUCCAUGAAAAUUUAAUUUAAAAACUUGUAUGGUAGUUAACAUAUCAGUAAAGUUUCAUUGGUAUAGAAACAGUCGCGUCACGCGUGUAAUCAUUUUGCUGCCUGGAAAUAAUCAUGCAGUGUCAUUUAAUGGCAGACGUGUGCCUAUAACACUUAAUCGCAGCACGGGAAAAUGUUUCUUGUGACAUUAGUGCCCAUAUCGCGAUACCUGAUCUAAAUUAUCCUUUCCCGAUGGGUUAGCUAGAUUUAGCUUGCACGAACUUCAAACUUCGAACGCAGCUCAGUAUUCUGCAGGAUGUCUUUCAGGCAGACAAGGAAUGCCUUGCAUGAGCAUGUUUUGUUCUCGAUUAUCGACCCGAUUGGGAAGUAUAAUCGUAGGAACUUUUACAAUUUUUCAGAUUUUAUCACCAUUAUUAGUUCUGCUUACUACUGGAGGAGCGAACAAAUUGCGUGAAACAGCAUUACAAAUCAGGAAACUAACGAAUGGAAAUGAUCAUCAGGGACUGUUUCUUUGGCUGUUGGAUUUUACGGAGCACAAUUCUAGUGAAGUUUUUCAGGUUAUUACUAUAUACCUUGGAUUGCAUAUAGCAGGAACUCUGAUAAUGAUUAUGGGAGCUUUGAAACUUCAGCGGUAUCUUCUAAUGCCGUUUGUUUUGCUGGAUUUUGUCAAACUUUGCAUACUUACGACAGCACAUAUCGUUUCCAUGAUGGUCAUCAAAAAGCAUUUAAACUUAGGAGAGCUGAUAACGUUGACCAUUUCCGGAGGAUUUUUUUUACUAUUGUUAUUCUAUCUAUGGGCAUGUGUCGUUGCACUUUACCAAAUAAUUGUAAUUGUAAAAACGGAUAAAUAUCAAGCAAUUUACGGCAAGGAUCCAACUACCUCCGACACAGAUACAGGAGGCGGGAUAAAUAACUCCACGUACGGAAACAAUAUCUCAAUGGUUGAGCCAAUUUCGAAAGAUAAUUUUCUUAGACAUUAAGAAUCUCAAAAUAUUUUCAAAACAACAGCUUAUACAUACUUUCAUCAUAAUUCUCGAUGUCGAAAUAUACUAAAAAUCACAAGAAAAAAACAGAACCUCAUUCA